AAAGCAGCACUUCUAUCUGGGGUCAAGGCCAGAGCAACGGACACCUUAUCCCACUCAUCCUCUUCCUCUGAUAAAGCCCCAGCCAGUACUGAGAAGUCUUUCUUCGUAAGAGCCUCGAGGCCUUUUUAAAAAGUCCUUGAAAAAGAAGGGGACAAAGGAAAACUGGAAUUAAGAGAACUUUCCAGUCAGUUUCUGGUGGCUGGUCCAGUAUGAUGCCUCAGUUCCUGCUUCUCACCUGCCUCCUCAUCACAGUUACACCUGCGGCACCAAUUGCCCUAGAUCCUUGUUCUGCUUACAUCAGUCUGAAUGAGCCCUGGAGGAACACUGACCACCAACUAGAUGAGUCUCAAGGUCCACCUCUGUGUGAUAACCAUGUGGAUGGGGAGUGGUACCGCUUCACGGGCAUGGCAGGGGACGCCAUGCCCACCUUCUGCAUCCCAGAAAACCACUGUGGAACCCACGCACCUGUCUGGCUCAAUGGAAGCCACCCUCUCGAAGGGGAUGGCAUUGUGCAACGCCAGGCCUGUGCGAGCUUCAAUGGGAACUGCUGCCUCUGGAACACCACGGUGGAGGUCAAGGCUUGCCCUGGAGGCUACUAUGUGUAUCGUCUGACCAAGCCCAGCGUCUGCUUUCAUGUGUACUGUGGUUAUUUUUACGACAUCUGCGAUGAGGACUGCCAUGGCGUCUGCUUGGAUACCAGUGAGUGCACGUGCGCUCCAGGAACCGUGCUAGGCCCUGACAGGCAGACAUGCUUUGAUGAAAAUGAAUGUGAGCAAAACAAUGGUGGCUGCAGUGAGAUCUGUGUAAACCUCAAAAAUUCAUAUCGCUGUGAGUGUGGAGUUGGCCGCACACUAAGAAGUGAUGGCAAGACUUGUGAAGACAUUGAAGGAUGCCACAAUAACAAUGGCGGCUGCAGCCAUUCUUGCCUGGUGUCUGAGAAGGGCUACCAGUGUGAAUGUCCCCGGGGUUUGGUGCUGUCUGAGGAUAACCACACUUGCCAAGUCCCCGUGCUGUGCAAGUCGGACGCCAUUGAAGUGAGCGUCCCCAGGGACCUGGUUGGCGGCCUGGAGCUCUUCCUGACCAACACCUCCUGCCGAGGAGUAUCCAAUGGCACCCACGUCAACAUCCUCUUCUCCCUCAAGACGUGUGGCACAGUGGUCGAUGUGGUGAAUGACAAGAUCGUGGCAAGCAACCUUGUGACAGGUCUACCCAAACAGACCCCAGGGAGCAGUGGGGACAUCAUCAUCCGAACCAGCAAACUGCUGAUCCCUGUGACCUGUGAGUUUCCGCGCCUGUACACCAUUUCUGAAGGAUACGUUCCCAACCUUCGAAACACCCCACUGGAAAUCAUGAGCCGCAGUCAUGGAAUCUUCCCGUUCACCCUGGAGAUCUUCAAGGACAAUGAGUUUGAAGAGCCUUACCGGGAAGCUUUGCCCACCCUCAAGCUUCGAGACUCCCUGUACUUUGGCAUUGAGCCAUUGGUGCACGUGAAUGGCUUAGAAAGCCUAGUGGAGAGCUGUUUUGCCACCCCCACUUCCAAGAUCGAUGAGAUCCUGAAGUACUACCUUAUCCAGGAUGGCUGUGUUUCAGAUGACUCAGUAAAGCAGUACACAUCACGGGAUCACCUAGCCAAGCACUUCCAGGUCCCUGUCUUCAAGUUUGUGGGAAAAGACCAUAAGGAAGUGUUUCUGCACUGCCAGGUCCUCGUCUGUGGAAUGCUAGAGGAGCGUUCCCGCUGUGCACAGGGCUGCCACCGGCGCAUGCGUCGUGAGGCAGGAGAAGGCCAGGACACUGCCGGUCUGCAGAGCCAGAUGCUGACGAGCGGCCCGAUCAGCAUUGACUGGAAGGAGGAGGGCGAUCCAACACCCUAGUCCUGGCUUCCGGCUGCCCGCCUCUUUGGACCUUCACCCCGCGCCUUCUGAGAACAUCAGUCAACACUGUAGAACCCUGCUCUCUUUUAAACCUCAUGCUGUGGGUUUAGACGAAUUCCCACAACUGACUCACUCUGAUUCAGGAGAGGUCAGCUCACUGCUGACUGACCUGACCCAGUUGGGGCUUCAGCCUCCUACGGAAGAAAACUAUGCUGUCCACGGAGAGAGCAGCUCACCCCAUCCCCCCAUUCUUUCCUAGGAUAAAACAUGUAGUGCAGGAUGCAGUAAGACCCCAAAAUCAGAAGCUGGGUAUAAUAUUUCAAAUUCAGAACUUAAAAAAAAAAUUAAAUAGUUGCUUGAAACUAUGACUUAAAUACUCAGUGAUUCCUGAAAUAUGUAAAUAAUAAUUAUACCCUGAAAUUUCAAUUCAAAUACAGAAUAGUUAUAGGAGAUUUGGAAGUUUAUCAGUAUAAG